CUCAAAAUCCUCAAAGACCCAAAUUAGGAAUUGUAGUUGUCAAGGUCAAGAGGUGAAUUGACAUUGGAAAUUGGUAAAGAAAUUGCGGUGUUCUUGGGGCUUCCAUUAAUGUCGGUCGAUUCAGUGAAUAAGAAACUGGAAAAGCUCAUCAGGUUAGCUACCGAGUUGAUCAAAGCCACGGAAGAGGCUUGCUCCUCCAAGCAUGAGUGCUCUGAAAUCAAGUCCAAGGCGGAGAAGCUAGCGGCGCUGCUCCGGCAGGCCAAACGCGCCAGCAGCGACCUUUACGAGCGGCCCACGCGCCGGAUCCUCGACGACACCGAGCAGGUUUUGGUAAAGGCGGUAGCUUUGGUCCAAAAGUGCCGAUCCCACGGCAUCGUCAAGCGCGUGUUCUUCAUCAACCUUGCGGCGGCGUUCCGGAAGCUGCAAUCCCAUUUGGAAAACUCAAUCGGGGACGUGUCGUGGCUCCUCCGCGUCUCCGCCACCUCCUCCGCCGAUGAGUACCUCGGCCUCCCACCAAUCGCCGCCAAUGAGCCCAUCCUCUGCCUGAUUUGGGAGCAGAUCGCGACACUCUACACAGGCUCGCCGGACGCCGCCUCCGACGCCGCCGCAAGUCUCGUAUCCCUCGCCCGCGACAAUGACCGGUACGGGAAGCUGAUAAUCGAGGAAGGCGGAGUCGGGCCGCUGCUGAAACUGUUGAAGGAGGGGAAGCCGGAAGGGCAGGAAAAUGCCGCCAGAGCAAUUGGGCUAUUGGGCCGCGACCCGGAAAGUAUAGAUCAGAUGCUGGUCGCCGGACUGAGCUCAGUCUUCACUAAAGUGCUGAAAGAAGGGCCGAUGAAAGUACAGGCGGUGGUGGCCUGGGCGGUUUCCGAAAUCGCCUUCCACCACCCGAAAUCCCAAGAAGUUUUUGCUCAGAACCAUAUGAUCCGGUUGCUGGUCAGCCAUUUGGCUUUUGAGACUGUCCAGGAACACAGCAAGUACUCAAUUGUUAGCAAGACGACCUCAAUCCACGCCCUCGUCUUAGCCAACAACAAAACCGCCAAUGCGAACACGAAGGAAGACGAAGAAACAAAGACCGUGCUGCCUCCGCAUCCUCUCGGCAAGAACCAGAAAGCCGCUGCGAAUUUGCAGAAUGUGGUUCAAACUCAUCACCACCACUACCAAAACAGUCUCUCCAUGAAAUCAAGAGAAUUAGAGGAUCCCGCCACGAAAGCCUAUAUGAAAGCAAUGUCUGCAAAAGCAUUGUGGCAAUUGGCCAAGGGCAAUCCAGCAAUUUGCCGUAGUAUAACGGAAUCAAGAGCGCUCCUUUGCUUCGCAGUUCUUCUGGAGAAAGGGCCGAAAGAUGUCAAGCUGAAUUCAGCUAUGGCAGUGAUGGAGAUCACCGCAGUGGCAGAGCAGGACGCGGAUUUGAGAAGAUCAGCGUUCAAACCUAAUUCACCAGCCUGCAAAGCAAUUGUCGAUCAGCUCGUGAAAAUCAUUGAGAACGCAGACUCUGAUCUUCUUAUACCAUGUGUCAUCUCCAUCGGAAACCUCGCUAGAACCUUUCGGGCUACGGAAACUCGAGUGAUCAGCCCUUUGGUAAAGCUGCUUGAUGACCAGGAAGCCGACGUGUCGAAAGAAGCAGUUGUUGCUCUUACCAAGUUUGCCAACAGGGACAACUACCUCAAGGUGUGCCACUCCAAGGAAAUCAUCGCGUGUGGUGGGGCUAGCCAUCUGGUCCAACUAGUCUACUUGGGAGAAAACCUUGUCAAGAGCUCUGCAUUGGUUCUCUUGUGCAACAUUGCGGUGAACGUCCCGGAUUGUGAAGAGCUCGCGCAGGCGGAGGUGCUCGCCGUGCUUGAGUGGGCAUCGAAGCAGGCUAACCUGGUGCCGGAUGAUGACGUGGAGGAUUUGCUAUGCAAAGCGAAAGAGACACUGGAACUCUAUCAGUCCCUAGGGGCUCGGGGUUUCCGCUAGCUCAAUUUUACAGUCUUGUAGAAAAAUCUAUUCCCUGAUCAGUGUUUCAUUCUUUUUAUGUAUGGAGUGUACAGAGAAGAAGAUGAUAGCAAGUCAGUCAUUGUAUGCUACUGCUUGAUAGAGAUGGCAAAGGGCAAUAAAAACACAUUUAGCUGUUUUGAACUUCCUCUGACUCUGUUUUACUUUGCUGUAUUAGUGACUUAUCUGAUCAUAUGUGCUCUUUUGAGCCUUCUGAUAUACGUAGUAUAGUCUUUGUUAGCUCAUUUUGGUAGUUAAGCAUGAUUUAUAUAUAUUCGUUAUAAGAAAUCACGUUUCUGAUCA